GAGUACUAUGAACCACACUACGCAUGCGCGCUUGUGAAUCGUAUGGCGGGAAAAUAAACGUCAACAAACGCUUAGGAGCUGCUUAUCUGAAUUUUUAGUGGGUAUUUGAACUUUGGCUGGUUCUGAAUUGGUUCGACUGAUUCCGGGUUGUGUUCAGCAGGAUGGUGGAAGGUCCAGGCUGCACGUUAAACGGAGAGAAGAUCCGCUCGAAAGUCCGAACGGGUCAGAAAGUGAAGGAAGUGAGGGGCACUUUGACUGCGUCAGCUAAAAACGGCACAGAGACGAAUGUCUUCCACAGUUUCUCUGGAUGUCAGUACACCGGUGUGGAAACUCUUGGGAAGGAGCUCUUCAUGUACUUUGGCUUAAGAGCCUUGAGAAUCCACUUUGGCAUGAAUGGCUCGAUCCGUAUAAAUCCGGCUCAGAAGAGGGUUGGAGCGGGCUCAGCAGCCGCGCUGGAAAUACGCCUUAGUGACGACACUGUGGCCUUUUAUGACAGCGCAGUGGAAAUAAGGUUGACGGAGGAUUGCGAGCAGAAGGUCAGGGCCAUGGAGAGUCUGGAUGUUUGCUCCUCCAGGUUCAGCUGCACCCGCUCCGAGGAGGCGGUGAGGAGCCAGGGUAGCAGGAUGCUCUGCGACGUUCUCCUAGACCAAGCCGUCAUGCCGGGAGUCGGCAACAUCAUUAAAAACGAAGCUCUGUUUGACUCGGGCCUCCACCCAGCCGUGAAGGUUCAACAGUUGACAAACGUGCAAAUCCACCAUUUAGUGAAGAUGACUCGUGAUUUUACUCUUUUGUUUUACAAGUGUCGCAAAUCUGGCUCUCCUCUCUACAAACAUUACAAAGUCUACAAGCGUCCCCAUUGUGGCCAGUGCUCCCAUGUCAUUACAGUCUGUCGUCUCGGAGACAACGGCAGGAUGACGUACUUCUGUGAGCGCUGUCAGAAGGGAGAUCCCACCGGGGUGGACGUCAGUGCGCUCCCAGUUAGAAACAGCCUCAUCAGUUGGGCGUUUCACGACAGAACCAGGAAUGAUGUGGCUAAGAAGGAGGAAGAGGACUGGGCUUGUCAACUCUGUACGCUCAUCAACCAGCCAGGAACCAGAGCCUGUGAUGCCUGCCUCACUCCAAAACCUGAGGUUCACAAAGACGACAUUAGCACCGAAGCAACGCCCUUCACUGCUGAUUUAAUUAAAUACCCCUGCAACGCCUUCAGGAAGCCGCGAGAGGAGCUCAAAGUCAACUGGAGGUCUGCGUUCGGGACUUCUACCCUCGUUUUCUCCGACAUGACUGAGAAGCCAAAGCCUGUAAAGUCCCCGCUCUCCCCAACCGGCAGUCAUUUGAAUUCCUUGGCGGCAGAACGAGGUUUGUAUAAAAACAGCUUCUGCCAAGGGACAACAAGCGCCAAUUAUGCCUCUGGUGGCUGGCAGAAGCAAAGUGCAGAGCUCUCCAAGGGGGAAUCACUGGCCUCCUACAAUCACCCUUCCAAGAAAAUGAGAAUUGAUCACAGCCCCCUUCCCAGUAACAAAGCUCAAAAUGGAAGCCCCAACUCAGGUGUGUGCAGAACAGAGGCGGCAAACACUGCAGCCUCCAUUCCUCCCAGUCCCCCUUGUUGCUCAUCCCAUCGUCGUCCCUCCGUCCUCAGAGUGGUCCACAAGGAGGGUGAGAAUAAAGGACGGCAGUUUUAUUCCUGCUCCCUGCCAAGAGAGAACAAGUGCAACUUCUUUCAGUGGGCUGAUUUGCACUUUCCUUUUUGUCACCAUGGGAAACGCUGUUUAAUGAGGACGGUUCUGAAGCUGGGUCCAAACAAUGGCAGGAAUUUCUACACCUGCAGCUUUCAAAAGGGUAAACAAUGCGACUUUUUCCAGUGGGCCGAGAACAGACCAGGACUUUCCAUCCUCCCUGGCUGCUAA